UCUCAGCAGGGCUUUGUAAUACUAUGUGCACUCCCUCGUGUGUUACUAUUAUAUCCAACAGGAAACAGAUUUGGACAUACUGGUUAAUGCUUCAACCAAACUCACUCGCUCAAGAAUAUUUCCAUAGUUGUUCGGCUUUGUUUUUCAUUUUUUACACAUACAUAAGUACUGUAAUUAUUUCCUGAUAUCUGGGAUACAUACGACCGGUCCUGUGUAGGUGGAUGAGAGUAAAACCCAUUUGGAUUGAGACAUGGAGCAGCUCUUUUUUCUUCUCAUUCCCCUGUUUGCAUCUUCAUCCAUAAUCUCAGCAGGAAAUGACCCAAGCAUACCAACUACAGUACCUCCAAACACAACUGCUAUGUCUCCAUGGUCUGUUGUUUCAAGAACAGAAGUCCAAACUGAAAAAACUGUGAGCACAACCACAGCUCCUGUAUAUUCUAGCCACACAGGCAGUACUGAUGGAUCCAGCCUCUCUUCGCAUACCACAUCAGGACAGUCCAUCAUCACCAGCUCCAUGUUAACCACACUAAAAUCCUACACUGACACAACUCUAAAUUCCACCUCAUCCCCAGCGGCCAAAAUAACAGGCAGUACUGAUGGAUCCGGCCUCUCUUCGCAUAACACAUCAGUGGGUGUUUCUCUGCUUCCAAAGACUUCAACAACCGCUAAUUCAAACAUCAGCAUGUCAGAGGUGACGGCAACACCUUCACAGGCACCAGACAGCGGUCUCACUUUGCUCGCCUUUGGUGUGAUGAGUCUUAUACUCAUUUUAAUUGUUGUCAUGGUGGUCUUGGUGACCGCUAUCAACCUCAGGGGACGGUGUAGAAAUACUAAACAGCAUGAGGGUAUUAAAAGCUGUGAUUCUGUGGUGUCUGACAGCAACAUGACCAGCAACUGUGAGAAAGAGAGCAUCACUCUUGUCUCUGUGAGGACAAUAAACACAGAAAACAAUACAGAUUCUCCCCAGAUGUCUUCAGUUCGUAGCACUAUAGUGGAUAAUGAUGACCAAGAAUUUACCAGAGACCUGCUGGGCAUCAAAGACGGACUGUGAUUUUACUCAGUUCGUAGUGCACGAGAUUGGAGGCUGCAUACUCUAUUUAUACUAUUAAAUGAAUGUGAAUUAAUGUGCCUUUAGCUAAUGGUCAGUGUACAGACCACACAUCAUGUUUAUGACAUGCAUUGGUGCACUCACUGCAUUUAAAAUAUCUCAUGCUCUCAUAUAUUAAACAUGACACAUCCUUCAUUGAUAAAUAAAAUGUCACUUUUG